AUGUUCCGCUCUCAGGCGGCCGCGGGCUCGCCGUUCCUGGCCGACCUCGACCGCAUGUCCGCCUGGCUCGGGCUCUCGCGCCGGCCUCUGCGGAUGCCGGAGGGCCGGCUGGCAGGCAGGCUGACGCCGUUCAAGAAGACCUCCGGCUCCGCGGUCGGUGCGUUCGUCGUCGACGGCGGCGACACGACCCCGCUCACACCUGACCAGGUCAUCCCCUCUGGGCGACAGCUGUACCAGACCGCCGACCACCCUCACGGAACGCUUGGUCAGUCCGCGGAACCAGACCUGACCUUCGAAGGAGACGUGCAGCCGCUCGACGCAGUCAGUCAUCCCUUCCCAGCACUUCAUGAGCCCUACGAUGCGGUUGACCGAGAGGCCAAGGCGGAGAAGCGGCGCGUGUACCUGGGGCCGGAGGCGGCCGGCGGCUGGCUGGCGUUCCUCCUGCGCCACUGGGACGGCGACGUCAGGCAGGAGCGCUCUCGGCAGCUGCUGCACCCUGCUGGCGACCGGCCGGACUGGCGACAGGCGGCGCACGAGUCGCCGGCCCCGGCGCUUAGCUAGGGUCAGCUGACAAGGGAGGUCGGGGUCAUGUGAUGGCAAGCCUGCCGCGAUGAAGAGGGGCAGCUGCGGCUUCCACCAGCGCGCCCACCUGCCGCUGGCACAGAGCAAGACGAACAGCAUCUCGCCCAGCCUGCCUCACAACGGCCCAGCCGUCGUGACGUCACGGGGGGUGACGUCACAAGUGGCACGUGAGUGCCGCGCAGAACAGAGCCGGGAGUGGUUUGAAAUAAACCGCAUGUGUGUA